UUUUUAUCUAUUAUCACUCAAUAGAAAUUUAGAAACAAAAUAAAAUUAUUUUGUGAAAUAAUUCAUGUUAUCAAAAUGCCAACAAGAAAGCGAACAUUGAAACCUAAUGCUCAACAAACCGAAGAUGAUUUGGCCAGAAAAUAUUUCCACCACGAGUUAGCAGUCAGCAGAGUAAGUGCCUUAUCCAAGGUACUCAUCGGGUUGAUAAUUGUAGUCGCAACCUUUUUCUUCACAAAGUUUUACAUAUACGCUAAAGUUGAAGUAAUUACAAUGGUAUCAGCCAGCAAUAAUUACUCCAGAUUUUACUAUGAGGUGCCUUGCUCAAAAGAUUACCAAGAAGAGAGAAAAUUAUUUAAAGAUUGUGUUCCAAAGAGAUGUGGUCGAGUAGUGAUGGACAGUGUAGUGACAAAACAAGAAGCGAGGAAAUUACUUCGUAUUGUGAGGAAUGCUAUGGUUCUAGGUGGAUCCAAUGGUGGGGCUUCAAUACUUGACUUACAUACAGGGGCCAUAUCUAAAGGAAAUGCUUUCAUCAAUAUCUUUAAAGCUUUAGAGAGCCAUCCUGAACCAGAUCAGAUUCUAACAGCAGAGGACUUCAUGAUUUAUAAAAAAGUUAAGGAUAAAAUCCACAGCGCAGUAGCAGCAGAGUUUGAAGUGCCAAAAGAUAAACUUUAUUUAACAAAACCAACAUUUUUCUCUCGGCUUACAACAAAACCAGCAAAAACUAUACAUGAUGAAUACUGGCACCCUCAUAUAGAUAAGGAAACCUAUGGUUCUUUCCAUUACACUUCACUGCUGUAUCUCACUGAAUACAUGGAGGACUUUAGAGGUGGACGUUUUUUCUUCAUCGAUAAAGACACCAAUCGUACGGUGGAGCCUGUAACAGGUCGACUUUCCUUCUUCACUUCUGGAUCUGAGAACCUGCAUUUUGUCGAAAGGCUAAAAGAGGGCGCUAGAUAUGCAAUAACUGUUUCGUUUACCUGUGACCCAGAGAAAGCAAUUGGAGAUCCUCGAUUGAAGUAGAUAUCAAAGGAGCAGAAAUAGCAAAACCUUGCCCUAUUUGGAACAUCCAAAGACUCUCUUCUCGUAUGAUCGAUUUAGAUUUCAAACAAUUUGUAUGACAUAUGAUAUAAAUAGCUCUCACAUUACAUAUGGAAUGAAUUAACACAAGACACAUGUGAAGAUGUUUUAAAAUAUGGCAUAUUUUCAGCUUUUGGCAUCAGAAAUUCACAUCUGAUAUUCUAUUGUGUUAAUCAUGUAAGGUCUCAUUUUUGAUAUUAAAUGAUUCAUCUAUUGUAUGAAAUAUUUAUAUGUAUAGACAGAAGUAUUCAUUGUAAUGUAAGUGUUAUAGGCAAUAUCAAGAACCCCAUAAAGAUGAUGGGAAAUUCUUAUAAAGAUCUGUUUUGAGUAUAAUCAGGUCAAGUGAGUUUUUCCAAAAUCUCUUCCAUAUGGAUUUUGUCUGUCUCUGGCAGGGUAACAAGAAAAUAUGAACAUUUCUUGUAAAACAAAGUGUAUAUGACCAAGUUGAAGUUU